GCGAGCUGUAUUCUGCCAGUUUACUAUGCAGUGAGGUUUUCUGUUGCAGCUGAUCCUGGGCCGCCCAACCAGCUAUGUUGCGCAGGCGCCCUACCCGCAUCGAGCUGAAGCCAGAGGACAAAGAAGAGUACGAGGAGAUUCGAGCAGAAAGGGCGGCUGCUGAGGCAGCGGCGGCGGCCAAAGCGCCCGGUGGCAUCGAGCUCUCGCCCUUCAAUAUAAGGGCCCACCAGAAGCAGACUGUGCAGCAGAGAAUCGGGUUCAAGGGCUAAGAGUCGCCAGUCAAUUGUCCACUGGUUUGCGUGCACCGGUUUGCAGCAGCGCAAAGUGACCAACGGUCAAGCUUCAAGCAAGAGAGUGGAGCAGGGGAUUGUGCAUCUUCAGGGACUACUGAGCAGUGGGGGUGCGCAAAAGAAGUUCUGAGAGCUUCUGAAUUUUCUAUCGGAAAAUACCAGCAAACCAUCUGAAAUUGGACCUCCGCGGUGGCAAUCGGUGGCAAGCGUACUGGAGUGGUGCAUGAAAGGGUCAGUGAUGGAGGUUGAGGUCAAGCUGCGCCUGCCUUCGGCUGAAGCCCAUGCCAAGAUUGCAAAGCUGCUCGAACCGAACCAUGAAGUCACACACCUGCAGGAGAACGUGUUCUUUGACGGAGCUAAUGAGGAGCUGAGCGCAAAUAGAGCUAUCCUUCGCUUCCGGUUUUUCAACGGGGACGACAAGUGUAUCAUCACAGUCAAGAAGAAGACUAUUCUCACAGACGGAGUCGGCCGAUCAGAAGAGUUGGAGGAGGAGAUUGAACCUGCACUAGCCAGGGCAUGUGUUGUGGAGCCAUCCAAGGUGUUGACUGCAGGAUCCCCUUUGUUGAACCAAAUGGUUUCCGAGUACAAGUGUACCGGUUUCAAGUGUCUCGGGGGCUUCAAGAACGUGCGCCACGUGUACCACUGGAACGACCACAAGAUCGAGCUAGACGAAACUCAGUAUGACCAUGGUACAGUGUACGAGCUGGAAUGCGAAUCAACUGAACCGGACAGGCUCAAGGCCUUGCUAGAGGAGUUCCUCAGCGCACAUGGAAUUGCGUAUGCUUACUCGACCAGCACAAAGUUUGCCAACUUCAAGAAUCGUACUCUGAUAUGAAGGGGAACUUGAUUUGGAUUGCGUGCGAUCUUGCUGGGUAUUACCUAAGCAAAAGCAGCCAGAGCUGCUAUCAACUACGUGAUCAUGCCUGAAACAUUUUAGGUAGGCUUUUUCAAUGCAAGAAUACAUCGAGCACACCGUUUGAGCACAGGACCGCUGGUUCCUUUGGGUCUAUCAAUGGAAUGUCCUGAUAUUCGCUACCGUCUGUAGGGCUCAAUCUGAAGGAACGAAUCUGUUUCACUCGGUCGUAUGGGUUGUCGCCCAUGAAGUUGCAGAUUGCACACCUUUAACUGAAGGUCCGCCCAGGGUCUAGGGCCUGCAUGGACCUGCGU